AUGGCCUGUCAUAAAACCCAAUUCAAAUCUUUUGACUUUUCCUCUAUUUUUGUGUAUCUAUGUAUACACCUGGCGCAGGUACUCCACAUUCAUCUCUACCUAAUGUCUGCAAAUCCUCAGUUCACGAGCUCAACGUUGGCAGAAAUCGAUCAAAAAGUGGCUGAAUGGCUUGCUCUCGAUCGCAAUGAAUCAUCCCGUCAGGAAAUUGAGUGUCUUCACAAGCUCAAAGACUACAAUGCCCUUUCGAAGAAAUUACUCCACAGAAUAAGCUUUGGAACGGCUGGACUCCGCUCAUCCAUGGAGCCAGGGUUUGCUCACAUGAAUGAUGUUACUAUUUUGCAAGCAUCCCAAGGACUCAUUGCUUAUCUUUUGAAGAAUGUGGCCCAUGGAACUGAACCUUCGAUAGUAAUAGGGUACGAUCACCGCCACCAUUCGCAAAGAUUUGCGGAAUUGACCGCUAGUGUAGCUGUAGUUAGUGGUCUCAAAGUAUACUAUCUUGGAAGUGUAGAUAGAUUGUCGCCGGAGCUGGAUUCUCUGAGAAAGACGUGCGAUUACACCCUGACUGUCCACACGCCAAUGGUUCCGUUCACAAUUAAACAUUUCGGGGCCUCUGCCGGUGUAAUGGUGACAGCUUCUCAUAAUCCCGCCAAAGAUAAUGGAUACAAGGUGUAUUAUGGCAAUGGCUGUCAAAUUAUCCCACCACACGAUGUUGGAAUAGCCGCCAGUAUUGAUUCUAACUUGUCCCCAUGGCUUGACAAAAAUGUUUGGGAUGUUACGGAAAACUUUACGGCAGGACUUGAAUCUGGUAGGCUUAUAGCGGUCCAUGCGGACAUGACCAAAUCCUACGUGGAGGCUAUCAAAAAUGAGCUCAUUGCUCCCGAUGCAUCUGUCUCUUUUCCGUUCGUUUAUACGCCCAUGCAUGGUGUGGGGAGACCAGUUUUUGCGGAGAUUUGCCGCAAUUUUGGUGGAAAAGCGAUCCAAUUUGCUGAUGUAGAGGAGCAACAAGAGCCCGACCCCGAAUUCCCAUCAGUGCGCUUCCCGAAUCCAGAGGAGAAAGGAGCCUUAGACCAUGCAAUUGCCAAGGCAAAGAAAAUUGGUGCUCGUUUCGUGAUAGCCAAUGAUCCAGAUGCCGACAGGUUUUCAGCCGCUUUUCAAUGCAAGGAUAGUACUUGGAGGCAGCUCACAGGUAACGAGAUUGGCGCUUUAUUUGCAUCGUUUGUCCUAGAAAUUGUCCGUAAUGGCGGGUCGCUUGGCUCUAACCCAGCUCUUGGCACGCAAGCUUUGAAAGAAACUUAUUUCCUCAAUUCAACCGUCUCGUCACAGUUGAUGAAAGCUAUGGCAGCCAAAGAAGGGUUCAACUACCAGGACACUCUCACGGGCUUCAAAUGGAUUGGAAAUAAAGCGCUUGACUUGAAAAAGCAAGGUUUCUUCGUACCAUUUGGCUACGAAGAAGCAAUAGGAUACAUGUUUACUUUGGUAGACGAUAAAGAUGGAAUUUCGGCUGCAAUUGUGUUCUUGCAACUCUGUCAACGCUGGUUUGCAGAUGGAGCAGUUACUCCAGAUGAAAAGCUACAACAAAUUUAUGAAUCUUACGGGUGGUUUAAAGAAUGUAAUGGAUAUUACAAGCUUGACGACGUCUCGAAAACAGAGAAGAUUUUCACAACAAUUAGAAGCUCAUUUGAACCUGGUCUGUAUCCUCAAAAAAUUGGCGACUUGAAAGUCCUUGAAUGGCGCGACUUGACCAUUGGUUUUGAUUCUAAAACACUCAACAACAAGCCAAUUUUGCCUACAGAUUCGAGUUCCCAAAUGAUUACCGCUCUAGUAGAAGACUCCGAGAGUAGAAUCGCAAGGUUCACUUGCAGGGGAUCCGGAACCGAACCAAAACUUAAAGUAUACAUUGAGGGAAAAUCCGAUAAAUCUGAAGCCGACGCUGUCACCAUUGCACGCCAUUGUUGGAAAAUGUUAGAAACAAACUGGUUUCACCCGGAGAAAAACGGACUCGAGGUUGUUGUGUAA